AUGUCCAAGACGGGUGUGUUUAGACCAGGAAGGGCGAGGUCACUCGUCCUGGCCAUGUUAGCUUUGAUUCUGGUCUGCACCGUCUACUUUUACUGGUCUCCGACUACCGCCUCUUCAACUGUCUCCUUAGUCCCCAACACUGCAUUCGAAGUCCCCCUCACGGAACGCCAAAGGGAUUUCUGGAAAGUCCUGCGACCCAUCAUCGAACGGCAUAAUCCCAACUGUCCGGCUCCCGAGAAACGAGGCGAUGUUGCAGCGCAGCACUUUGACCCCACGAAAGAGUCGCCGAGACCCGACCUGUCUGUGCUGAGCGACGAGGAUGAGCGCAAAAUGGAAGAGGCCCAUGCGGCUUUCAUCGAGGAUGUCAAAAACUCCGCCAAGGUGCUGAAGCCCAUUCAUACCCCCGGAAAACGAGGUCUGGUGUCCACCGCAGGCUCGACAUAUCUCCCCGUGUUUGUUUCGUCGCUGCGGAUGCUCCGUCGCGCUGGAUCGACAUUGCCAGUUGAAAUCUAUAUGAAGGACGCCACGGAACAUGAAAAGCACGUUUGCAACGAAGUUCUGCCGCAGCUUGAUGCACGCUGCUUAGUGCUGGCGGAUGUGGUGGGCAAAAACAUAAUCGAGCACUAUCAGCUGAAGAUCUUCGCGGUGCUGUUCUCGUCUUUCGAGGAGAUCGUGUGGAUGGACGCCGACUGUUUCCCCCUUGGCAAACCCGAGGAUCUGCUCGACUCGGAGCCAUUCAAAUCCAACGGCUUGGUGACCUGGCCCGACUUCUGGGCUUCCUCUGCGUCCCCACUGUAUUACAGAAUCUCACGCCAGGAGCCGCCUUCCAUGGCUGCGCGCCAGUCAUCGGAAACUGGUGCAUUCUUGGUGAACAAGAAAACGCACUCGUUGGCUCUUUUGCUGGCGGCAUAUUAUAAUUUCUAUGGCCCUUCUCACUAUUUCCGCCUGUUGACACAAGGCGGUCCUGGCGAGGGCGACAAGGAAACAUUCAUCCAUGCUGCUUCUGCCGUGGGCGCACCCUUCUACACUGUCAGUGAAAGAGUGCAAGCCAUUGGCCAUGCCAAGCCGGGUGGCUUGUCUGGGUCUGCAAUGGCACAGUCGGAUCCACGUGAGGACUACGCUCUGACGCAGCAAAACAAGUGGCGUGUCAAGGAUGAGUCUGUGGCUCCUGCGCCGCGCAUCUUCUUUAUCCACGCCAACUACCCUAAAUUCAACCCGGGUGACCGGAUCUUCGGCUUGGGCUGGGAAACCACUCCUACCUUGAAGGACGAUGGCUCAGACGGACGUGCCUGGACGGCACCUCCGCAGACGAUUGGAAGAUUUGGUUACGACGUUGAGAAAGCUUAUUGGGAAGAGAUCAAAUGGGUGAGCUGUAAUCUCGAAACGGCAUUCAAGACCUGGGAGAACAAAGUGGGACUCUGCGACAAAGUCCAAAAGUAUUGGGGACAUGUCUUCGUUGAGCCGCAUGACGACGAUCCCAAGUUUACGCUCGAUGGCUGA